AUGCUGCAGUCCCUGGCCGGCAGCUCGUGCGUGCGCCUGGUGGAGCGGCACCGCUCGGCCUGGUGCUUCGGCUUCCUGGUGCUCGGCUACCUGCUCUACCUGGUCUUCGGCGCCGUGGUCUUCUCGUCGGUGGAGCUGCCCUACGAGGACCUGCUGCGCCAGGAGCUGCGCAAGCUGAAGCGGCGCUUCCUGGAGGAGCACGAGUGCCUGUCCGAGCCGCAGCUCGAGCAGUUCCUGGGCCGGGUGCUGGAGGCCAGCAACUACGGCGUGUCGGUGCUCAGCAACGCCUCGGGCAACUGGAACUGGGACUUCACCUCCGCGCUCUUCUUCGCCAGCACCGUGCUCUCCACCACAGGUUAUGGCCAUACUGUGCCCCUGUCCGACGGGGGCAAGGCCUUCUGCAUCAUCUACUCGGUCAUCGGCAUCCCUUUCACCCUCCUGUUCCUGACGGCGGUGGUCCAGCGUGUCACCAUCCAUGUCACCCGCAGGCCAGUCCUCUACUUCCACGUCCGCUGGGGCUUCUCCAAGCAGGCGGUGGCCAUUGUCCAUGCUGUCCUUCUCGGUGUGAUCACUGUUUCCUGCUUCUUCUUCAUCCCGGCAGCGGUGUUCUCCCUCCUAGAGGAUGACUGGAACUUCCUGGAAUCCUUUUACUUUUGCUUCAUUUCCCUGAGCACCAUUGGCCUCGGGGAUUAUGUUCCCGGAGAGGGCUAUAAUCAAAAAUUCAGGGAGCUCUACAAGAUUGGGAUCACGUGUUACCUGCUUCUUGGUCUUAUUGCCAUGUUGGUGGUUCUAGAAACCUUCUGUGAGCUCCAUGAGCUGAAGAAGUUCAGAAAAAUGUUCUACGUGAAGAAAGACAAGGAAGAGGAUCAAGUGCACAUCAUAGAGCACGACCAGAUGUCCUUCUCCUCCAUCACGGACCAAGCAGCCAGCGUGAAGGAGGACCAGAAACAGAAUGAGCCUUUUGUGCCCCCCCAGUCACCGGCCUUUGCCGACGGGGCCGCGAACCAGUAG